AUGGAGCCGCGCUCCCCUCGGUUCGACACCCCCCGGGAACCCACACAGGACUCAAGCCGCGCGCAGGGGAGAACCCCGUGCCGGCGCCAAUUCCUCACAGGACAAAAAUGUCCGGGCGCGUCACGGGACAGCCGCCUCCGCGCCCCACGCCGGGAGCCGGCCGCACGCGCUGCCUCCGCGCCCGGGAGCUGUGCCGCGGGCCGGGGCGGGGAGCGCGGACGCCCGGCAGCGCCCGCCCAGGAGGGCGCUACUCCGCGGGAACUCACCGUCUGCUCUGCAGCCGCAGCGGGGAGGCAAGGAACGGGCAGGGGAAGACACAAUAUGGCAGAGCACCACAGCUGCUCCCGGCGGCUUCCAGCAGCCGCCUCCGGGAAGACGCGGCAAAGAGCAGGCAGCGGCAGCUGCGGUGGCGGCCGCGGCAGCACCACAUCCCCCUCCCGUUCGCUUCCUCCCCCUCCCUGCACCCUCCCCCGCUGCCAUAGCAACGCGGCGCCAAGGAGAUUAGCCCCGCCCUUCCCUCCGGUCCACGCCUCUCGCGACCCCCUCCGGAGGGGGCUCGGCCCGCCUCCCGGUAUCUCCUCCCACCUCCUACCUAAGGGCGGGCCCCGGACCUCGCAGGCCGUGCUGAACUGCGGGUGGGAAGGAAGGGAGAUGCAGUGUCCGGAAGGGCGGGGUUCGCACGGAAGGCAGGGCGGAGACGUGGUGGGCCAGUGCCGGUUUCGGGCUGAGGAGGGGCUGGGAAGGCGGGAAAAAUGGAAAGGCCUCGCCUGUCCCGGCAGAACCUAUAGGAGUGUGGCGGAGCGCGGCGCGGCCGCUGAGUGGCCAAGAAGGCGCGGGGGCGGGGCUAGGGUGGCCUUCCUGGCUGGUCGGCUGGAGAAGCCUGUGAUGGGACUGCAGCGACGACCCCCAACAGCCCGAGCUUCUGUGGGUUUCCCCAAGAGCUUUCCGCCAUGGGUCGGGCUUUGAAAGCGCUGUAGGAAGCGGUAAAGCAUUAAUAUGAACUUAAAGUGUUAUCACACUCGCUUCACUGAAAUUUUAAGUGGAAACUGAGCUCAGCGUGUUUGUGGUGAAAAAAAGGACUUUGGAAUCAGAUCCAAAAUUUAAUAACAUCGCAUUUCCUGAGCCCUCAUUAAAUGCUAGGGACUGAGCUUCCAGCUAAGAUCGAACACAGCUAUCAUUCAUCACAUAGAAAAACCAACUAUGGAUAAAAGGAAACAAAUAAUUUUUGACCUACUACUUGUCAGGUACUGUUUUUGUUUUAACUAAUUCUUGUAACACCCUUAGAGUGCUGGCUGUUGACUUUAUCUGCCCAUUUCAAUCACUUAGGGAGUUUUUAAAAAGUCCCUAUCCCCUUGUAACAACCACACAGAUAAAUUUAGAAGGUCUUGGGGCGCCUGGGUGGCUCAGUCGGUUAAGCAGCCGACUUCGGCUCAGGUCAUGAUCUCGCGGUCCGUGAGUUCGAGCCCCACGUCUGGCUCUGUGCUGACAGCUCAGAGCCUGGAGCCUCUUUCAGAUUCUGUGUCUCCCUCUCUCUGAUCCUCCCCUGUUCAUGCUCUGUCUCUCUCUGU